GCUGUACUCACGAUAAAGUCCAUUCUUUUCUAAAUGAACAAUAGUUACUAUUGUUAUUUCACUAUUCUUUUGGGACUAUUGUAUUGAAAUGUUGAAGAGGUUAUAUUUUAACCCAACCACCCCGGCUACAAUAUAAAUGCAAAACACAGUCAGUCUGUUACAUGCAUUCUGUAAUUAGAAGUACAUUUUCCAAUUAUUUUUGAAGUUUUUCUUUUUUACAUCACUGAGAAUACAAAUGAGCGCGCCUGAUUGAACACGGCAGGCUUUUUCUAGUAAAGAUAUUCAUUUUCUUAGUUAGCCUUUCAUGUGCACACCCACUAAGAAUAUAUGCUUUAACCACAAGAGAAUAAUCUGUCACGCAUGCAUGUUUAGGGGAGUGUGACAAAAAAUGUGUGAAAUGAAACAUAACAAAAAUAUUAUGCUUCAUUUUAAGAUGUUUAAACUUUUAGUAAGGCUCGGGGAAACUUUUACCAGCGAUCACUGCUGCUAUCCUUGCAAAAGAUAACAACAAGGAGGUAAAGAUAAUUACAGUUAUAUCAAACCCUUAAACUCUACAUAAAGACACUUUUUAGUCAGAUAGAUUCGACGGCAUUCUUGAUUACUCAAGAGUAGGCAUGUAACUAUUUCUCAGAUUUGAAGUGUGUUCUUUCAUUUACUGUAUCUGUGAUGAGCGCUUAAAAAAACACUGGAACCUCAAAUAACAAAGUACCUGUUUUUUUGGUUUGUUUGUUUAUAGUGAAAGAAACGCCUUAAGCAACCAGUCCGACAACCAGAUCAAACAAAAGAACUGAUCAUUCAAAUCAGUUUAUAAAAACUAUCCUCCAGUUUCAAAGUAUUUUUUGUAUGUGAAAAAUUUUAAUCUUUACAGCUAUUUCAUUAGACCUGUUAAGUCCGAAUUGAAGUAAAAUUUAAGAUUUCUUUAAAAAAAAAAAAAAAAAAAAAAGGAAGUGGUUAUUGGACUUGCAGAGACUUUGUGACAAUCUGUGACAGAUCAAUCAAUCACAACCAGAUAUAAAACCUGAAGCCGAUUCGACGCACAUAUUAGUGGCUCUGAUGGAAAACUUGUGUUGCACGUACCCAUCUAACCUCUAAUUGAAAUGUUUCUUUUCUUCUGAGGAAAUGGUUAUUGGACAUGUUGCUGCCGUCAGAUGAGAGCUCAAGCACAGCCAUAAGCCUUCAGCAGCAUUCCAUGCAAAUAUCAUUAUCUGCCUCUGUGGGGAAUCUCAGCUCAGUUAUGGAGAACUGUUCCUUUGAGAGCAUCAACGCAUUUGUACGCUCGCUACAUUUAGCUGUCUACAUCCCCAUCUUCAUUGUGGGAAUCAUCCUGAACGCACUGGCUCUAAUUGUUUUCUGCAGGGUUUUAAAGAAAUGGACGGAAUCCACUAUUUACAUGGCUAACCUGGCACUAAUGGACCUGCUCCUGCUUUUAAUACUGCCUUUCAGAAUCCACGCCACAAUAGACUUUACAGGGACUAUGCAGAAGACCUUUUGCACAUUUCUGGAAACCCUCUACUUCGUCGGCAUGUAUGGCAGCAUUUUCACCAUCGUGUGCAUUUGCGUCGAUCGGUACAUUGCCAUCAAGCACCCUUUCCAUGCAACAACCUUAAGGUCUCCGGAAAAGGCAUUCGGGGCGUGCGCAGUAAUCUGGGUUUUAGUGUGGUUGGGAAGCAUACCCGUGUAUGACUUCCACGACGACAGCUAUGACAACAUCAGGUGUUUUCACAAUUUCUCAAAGACCAUGUGGAACCCCCCCAUGAUCAUCGCGGUGGAGCUGUUCGGGUUCAUCAUCCCCAUGGUGGUCCUGGUGGUCUGUUCCGUGAAGAUUAUCAAGAUCCUCCAGAAAAAGAACAACAACAGGGACAGUAUGAUCCACAGAGCCUGUGUGCGGAUCAUCUACGCCAACCUGCUGGUGUUUUUGGUUUCCUUCACACCGAGCCACGUGGGGAUUUUCCUUCAGUAUCUGGUUAGAGGAGAUGUCAUUACUGACUGCAGAGCAAAACAAAACAUAAGUCUGUUUGUCCAGGUGUCAAUGUGUCUGUCCAAUGUCACCUGCUGUCUAGAUGCGUUUUGUUAUUACUUUGUUACAAAAGAGACUCGCUCAACCGAUUCCUUCAGGAGGACCCUGAGUUUCAGAAAUACUUCCUCAACUACUGAAGUAUGAUACAGUUGCAUUAUUUUUUUUUUGUGGAAAGUACUGUAAUUGCAAGCAGCUGAUCAAGAUAACUUGGUGUUUGCCUCUUCUGUGACUGUUGUGGUUGGAAAAUGAUCACGCUACUGUCUUUCAACUUAAGCAAAAAAAAAAAAAAUCACAUUUUGCAAUCGAUCUUUUGCAUGUUGCCUGUAACUGGCAAGAAGAAAUGCAUGACUAUAAUUGAUGUGUCCAGCUGUAAAUAUAUUUCAACAUGAUCCUGAUUAUUUUGACAGUUUUGUUCAUCUCACUGUAAGAGUACACUGUAAAUUACAAGCAUCAUUUCAGUUUUCUUGUCUGUAGCAAUGUUAAAAUUACAAAUGCCAGUUUUUGAAUUAUAAGAUGCACUUUGUAUAACAGCCACUCCUGAACAGCUCUGUUACAUCUCUUGUAUAACAUUGGACUAUCUUAUUUUGUCAAAAUUGUGGUAAUGUUAACAUGCUUUAAAAAAUUAUAUUUUAUAUAAAGUGGAUAUGCAAAGGGACAUGUAUUCAUUUAAAAAUUCAUUAUUUAUUACUGCUUAUAAAUAAAAUAUAGUGUUUGCAGAUGUAUGUAUUUUAGAAAUCACAUGUACUUUACAAGUGGCAUUUAGUUUUUAAUUAAAGUAUGAAUUUAGCACCCAGGAAUUACUUUUAUUAGCCGUACACCAUGCAUUGCUUUAUUGUUUAUAUUGAGAUUGAAAGGGAAGUAUUUUGAGUUCUCCUGCAAUCUACAAUAAAUGUGGAGUGUGACACCUCAACCGUAAAACCAAAAUAUAUUGAAAAACUG